GUGAGGGGGUGAUAAGGUGGGAGGUAGACAUUGGGAAGAUGGCGUCUGAGCUGUUAUGUCAACCAAGAACUUUUUCAUCCUAUGGGUGUGUGUGUGUGUGUGUACUUGUACUUUUCAUGCAGAUGAUUCAUUUUACAACACUACUCAAACACACACCAAGCUGAUGACUCCUUGUGUUGCGUUUAUGAUGCGCAAACAGACAAUAAAAACCAUUGGUUGUAUUGUUGACGUUGCAACAUGCACAACCAUAUUAGCCUUAGUGGCAACACACACACACACACACACAUACACAUACACACAUUGGGGAAUACAUAGUACAGUUUAUGGUCACACACACACACACACACACACACAUGUAGACACACACGCAAGGCAGAGCGGAGGGAGAGUAUAAAAGGGGCAUCCUUUCCACUCGGCGGAGAAGUGCUCUCUCCUCACUCCUCACACGCUCCCUUGAACGCACCAAACCUAUUUUCUCAAGAUGACUGUAGGGCUGAGUGUGUGUGUAGUGCUGGUGGUCUUAUGUACAAGCUCUUUGGGGAUCCCCUUCUCCUCCCAACUCCAAGACGAGGACCAGCGUACCCCCUCUCAAGAAGCCCUCCUUGAAGCCGACACUUCAGUGAAGCCUCACCUGCGACACAGCCGCUCUGCCCCCCAGCUCUCUCUGGCCCAGGAGGAUGCAGAGUCUCGGGCUAACCUCAGCGAGCUCCUGGCAAGACUCAUCUCCUCCAGGAAAGGUUGGACAGCGUCAAACCCGAAAGCAAUGAUGCAGCAACAAACUUCCGUGCGCAGAAACUCGUCAGCAGCAAACAGCAGAGGCGGAGGCCUGAGCAGCGCCAACCACCGGAUAGCGGACAGGGACUACUUGGGCUGGAUGGAUUUUGGCAAGCGCAGCGCAGAGGAGUAUGAGUACUCCUCGUAAAAGCAAGAACCAACAAACAAGACAGGAAGGAACUGUUCCCUUCUCAGUAAGAGUGUACUUAGUGUGUGAGGAAUUUGUUUGUUAAUGUACUGUUAAAUGCAAUAUACAUAAUAUGCCACUUUUUUGCCACUCGGUCACCACUGUGUUUGUCAUUUGGAAUGGAAAGGGGAAAUGUGGUGUCAGGGUACUUUGAGAAUUAUAGAUGAAUAAAAAAUAAAACUGAUAUAUGACUGCUUGUCAUUUAUUUUAUUUAUUUUUUCUCACAGUUUCAGCGCAUCUGGUCGAGGCAGAUGACCUUUGUCAUGGCUCUG